UUGUCAGUUCCGCCUCUCAUAACUUGAACGACUCCACGAUGGUCCCCACCACGUUCUCUGAGACUAUCUCUCACCCCACACCUGCCACAUCUUUGGCAGUCUCUAGCAACGAUGUCUUCGCUUCCCAACGACUCGAUCCCACUCCUCACUGAAGACAUCAUCACUGGUGAUCCUUCUCUCAAGGGCGUCCUCCCACGAGACUUCGCCUACGCCGCUUCGACAGCGAGCUUUCAGAUCGAGGGCGGAUGGGACGCAGAUGGCAAAGGACCGGGAAUAUGGGACGUCUACAUGCACGAUAACAACCUAGCGAACGGCGAUGAGGCUGUCAGUAGCUACCACCUCUGGCGUGAAGACAUCAAGCUGCUGAAGCUGUAUGGCGUCAACACCUAUCGCUUCUCGAUUUCAUGGCCCAGGGUUAAGCCCCUCGGUGGCAAGGACGAUCCGGUCAACGAGAAAGGCAUUGAAUACUACUCAAACCUAGUCGACGCGCUCCUCGCAGAAGGCAUUACGCCCUUCGUGACUAUCUUUCAUUGGGACACCCCGUACGAGCUGCAGAAACGUUAUGGGGAGUUCGAGUGUCCCGACCAACUUGUUUACGACUUUGUCGCGUACGCACGGCUGCUCUUCGAACGCCUGGGCGAUCGUGUCCGAAACUGGAUCACUAUCAAUGAACCUGUCAUCUACGAGAUGUUCCAUGUAAUGGCGAUCAAAGCUGAUCGCUGGACCGAUGAUAUGGCGAUUGCGUACACGAAGUCGCUGCUACUGGCACAUGCUCGAACUGUCGACCUCUACAGGCGAGAGUUUCAGCCAACGCAGGGUGGUCAGAUCGGCAUCACCCUCAACAUUGACUUCGUUGUGCCCAUCGAUGACUCGCCUGCCGCCAUUGAAGCUGCACAGGACGCCAUCGACCACAUGUUGGGCCAAUUUGCCGACCCGAUUUACCAUGGGCACUUCCCGGAGAGCAUGUACAAACGCUUCGACCGGACGAAACUGGACUUUGCUCCGGAAGAGUGGGCAGUCGUGAAGGGCUCUAACGACUUCUUCGGGCUCAACCACUACUCAACCUUCUACGCAACGGGUGAGGUGGGCUCUUUGGAGGGAGCGAGCGCCCGCGAUCGUGCUCUGGGGCUCCAAGUCCGCGUUGCGGAGAAAGACGGGGUUCCGAUUGGGCGCCGUGGUGAGAGAGGACACCCUUAUGACGUCUCGUGGGGCUUCCGUCUCCUGUUGCAAUACCUUGACAAGCGUUACCUCAAGCCGUCAGGACACCAGUUGUACGUAACUGAGAAUGGCUACGCGAUCGAGGGGGAAACGAAGCUCGCCACUGAAGACGCGGUGCAGGACAAGGCUCGCCAAAGCUACUACGCAGGAUACAUCCGUGAGGCUGUCCUUGCGCGCACGGAGGACGGCAUUGAUAUUGCGGGGUACAUGGCUUGGAGCCUCAUGGACAACCUCGAGUGGCUGCAAGGAUACAACAGCCGCUUUGGCAUCACAUGCGUCGAUCGCUCAAGCCCUGAUUUCACACGCACUCCCAAAGAGUCGGCAUUCAUGCUCAAGCGUGUGUUCAACUAUCUCAUUGCAAAGGAGUAGAGCGUUGCGUCUUCCAUUGUGGCGGAGUGGGGCGGCGAGGUCCAGGAAGAGUGGUAGUCGUUGAUGACAUGUGGAGGAUGACGUGAAAGGACUUCGUUGGGAGGGUCACCGGGGUGGUCAUCCGCUUCAUCGCUCUGAAUGCUCAGCACUGCCUCACUACUUGCAUCCUCUGGAAUUUCGAGUCGAAGACACCAGAACGUGCGACGGUUUGCGCAUACGGCUCGUUGGCGUGGAC